UGUUGUUUCACCCAAAAUAAGAAAGCCUAACAACUAAAAGGAGUUCGAGAUGCUGUCUUGUGCUGCUAUUAAUUGCACAAAUCGUGAUACUCGUGAAAGUCGCGAGAAGGGACUUACAUUUCACAGAUUUCCACACUGCAAUGCUCAACUUCUAAAGCAAUGUGUAGUAAAUAUGCGGAGAGACAGGUGGAUUCCUGCAGCCAGAUCACAACUCUGUUCAAGUCAUUUCACCGAGGAGAACUUCGACAGGACCAGCCUGUUAGAUUACGACAAAACAAUAUUUGACUUUCCUGAUCAUCUUCAAAAGGUAACUUUGGUACUACGUAGAUCCUUAUCAUAACAAAUACCUUGUGAACACUGAAAUUGAGUUGUUAUGCAUUGUAAUUUCACACCAUAGAGGUAGGAAAAACCUUAAACUGGAGGGAAAUUUUGAGAUUUGAGUCUAGUAAAUUUACUCUGUUUCAAUGGAAUUUUUGUUAAUUCGUGUUAAUUUUAAUACCGAACCAUAAUAAAUGUAGUGAAUGAAGAUACAUGUACGUGUAUGCGUGUGUGCUUUUUUGGGUGAAGCAAGAUGGCCGACCAAUGGCUUCAUGCGGUCAGCAAGGACGCCUCUUCCAGUAGUAUAGAGUUCAGUGGUACCGGUCAUGGUCGCCAGAUGUCGCUGCAGGCGGAAGAGUAAGCAGGAAGUGGGCAGGAGGCGGGGUUCAGUAAACAUUCUUGUGAUUCGGACAGCUGUUGUACCAAAUACAAGUUUAACUUUUAUGGAAACAUGUAAUACAUGCAAGCUGCGUGCACGCUACGCGACACUGAUUGUGAAGCUAUCCGGUAGGCAUUAUUCUAUCUUGUUAGCCUUUGGCGCGUGUUACACUUUAGAAUGGUAAUAUAAUGAGUGAGAGCUAGCAGGCCAGCACGGCGCCGCUAUCCGGGUUGUGCACGAGCAUCAUCGCGCCGUAAAGUUUUUAACCACCAUCACACAACAUGGAGUCGCUGCUCGACUUUGAGAAGUGUGUCAACGAUUCACCUGAGUUCAGACUGGACCUGGAACGUUUUGAGGCUGAUGUUGCUCUGCUGGAGACACAGCUGGAUAAGGUGAUGAGGCUGUGCGGUAAGAUGGUGGAGUCGGGACAAGCGUACAACGUAGCCAAUCAGCUGUUCCUCGGCAGCCUGGCCGAGCUCUUUGAACACCAUAAGGAGGACGGCGUCAUCACGAACUGUCUGAGCCAGUUUAAGCAAGGUCUCCAUGAGGUGCUCGACUUCCACACAAUGUUGUUGGAUCAGACCCAGAGAGCCAUCAGCCAACAGCUCACCAACCUGUGCAAGCAGUUCCUGCCCCAGCUGGCAGACACGAAGAGAGAGUUUGUGCGCAUCGGUGAGGAUCUAGAGACGGCGGUGCUGAAGAACGCUCAGGUGCCUCGCCACAAGCCCGCCGAUGCCGAGCAGGCCAGCCACCUGCUGCUCGCCACCCGCAAAUGCUACCAGCACUUUGCCCUGGACUACUGUCUGCAGCUCAAUACCUUCAAGACUCAGCAGAGGAUCGACAUCUUAAACUCGGUGUUCUCCUUCGUCAACGCUCAGUUCACCUUCUUCCAUCAAGGCUUCGACCUUCUCAGAGACCUGGAGCCCACCAUGAAGGUCAUGGCAGCGCAGCUGUCUCAGUACUCAGGAGACUGUGCAAGCAGAAGAAAAGAUCUGGAGAACUCUCACCUGCUGGUCCAGCAGAGAGAUGCCUCAGGAGAGACGCUGGUCAGCUGGUGUCCUGGCAGUGAUGACAUCAUCCUAGGUUACCUUUUCAAGCGCUCUCGGAGAAAGUCCAAAACCUGGAAAAGAUGCUGGUUCUCCAUCAGAGACAACCAGCUUAUUUACAGGAAGUCCCACAAGGAGGCGUCCACGGUUCUGUUUGAGGACCUGAGACUCUGUGCCGUCAAGUCGUUGGACCACUUAGACCGCCGCUUCUGUUUCGAGCUGCUCUCUGUGCAGAAGUGUUGUGUUCUGCAGGCCGAUUCGGAGCACGUCAAGUUGGCGUGGCUGUCUGCCUUGCAGGGCAGCAUCGACAUGGCAUAUCGAGAGCGAGGCGACGCUCAGCCGACACAGGCACGCCCCUCACUUUUCAUCUCACCCAUGAUCUCUCUCACAUCUCUUUGUUGCUUAAUGAACUCACGUGUCCUCCAGUCUAAGGAGCCCCUCCCUCCAUGUGAAGGCAACAACUCAUCGGCCAAUCAAAGAACGCCGGUGCUGGCCGUAGCCAUGCAGGGCGCCGGGAACCAUCGCUGCUGUGACUGCGGCCAGGAGGAGCCACGGUGGGCGUCGGUCAACUUGGGUGUGACCGUGUGCAUCGAGUGCUCCGGAAUCCACCGGAGCCUGGGUGUCCAUCUGUCCAAGGUGCGCUCGCUUACGCUGGACUCGUGGGAGGCGGAGCAGCUGAAGCUGCUGUGUGUUCUGGGAAACGACGUCGUCAACGAGAUCUACGAGGCACUGUGCUCAGAGAGAGGACGACUCAAGCCCACCACGGAGAGCCCCCGUGCUGAGAAAGAGGCAUGGAUUCGAGACAAGUACGUGGAGAAGACAUUUGUGCGGCGAGACGGCGCCUCAGACAGCAAACAGCACGAGGUGGACAAAGCCGGGCUGCGUCUCUAUCGGGCCGCUGUGGCUGGUGACCUGGUCGCCAUGAUAACGGUGCUGGCCCAGGGGGCAGAGAUCAACAUGUGCAUCGCCGAGGAGGAGGGACGCACGGCCCUGAUAGGAGCAGCCGUUGGGGGGUCGCUGUUGGCGUGUGAGUUUCUGCUGCAGAAUGGAGCCAACAUUAACCACAGAGACCUGCGAGGACGGGGAGCGCUGCACGCCGCCGCCACCGCUGGACACACGGGGCAGGUGUGCCUCCUGUUGAAGAGAGGAGCCAAUCAGUACGCCGUGGAUGAGAGCGGACAGGACCCGCUGGCCAUCGCCGUGGAAACGGCACAUGCAGACAUUGUUACAUUGCUUCGCAUGGCGCGGAUGAACGAGGAGAUGAGAGAUUCUGAAGGCGUGUUCGGAGCAGCAGGAGACGACCAGACCUUUCAGGACAUUUUCAGAGACUUCAGCGACAUGGCGUCACAUGACCCCGAGAAACUGGCCAGACGCAGGUUCAGUCACGCAAGAGAGGGUGACAUUCCGUGAUUGGUCGGUACCUCUCUUCACCUUGCCUUAACAUGACUGUAACACAGACAUAUGUCCUCCACAUCAGCAUAAGUGCACAUCCUUAGUCACUGGAAACAAUGCUAACCUUUAUAUAAGACUGUGCUAGUUUCCUGUGGCCCCAUCAUGAGGUCAAGACAGGAAUAACUUUUAUGAUUAAAUUCCUGUCAACUAAGUCGCAUGCUAACACACUAAAGUGAGAACUUGUUGAACAUCAGCGUGUUAGCAUUGUCAUUGUGUGUUUAUUAGCACGCUAUUGUAAACACGUCCAUCAAACUAGGCUGUCAAACUGUGAGGAGAUGAUGAUUUUGUACAACUUGACAUCCAUGUAAGCCGGGGUGUCCAAAUUUGGUACAUUUAAAGAUGGCUAAAUCAUGCUGUUUUGUGGUUGAAUACGGCCUGAUAUUUUAAAAAAAAUGCAUAUUUAGCAAAUAUUACCUUCAAUUUUGCCUAAAUUACCGUAUUUUUACGACCAUAAAGCGCUCCGUAUUAAAAGGCGCAGUCUCAGUUACAGGUGCUAUUUUUGUAUUUAACACAAACAGAAGGCGCACCGUAUUAUUGGGCGCAGGUAUGCACGCUUAAACAUACCGUUUCGCUCAGUAGCACGUAGGAAGCGACAAUGCUUUAUUUCUUUAGGUAAAUUAAGAGCAGCAUUCUCAUUCAGUUUAUCAAACCCACUUGAAAUCAGGUCCUCAUCUUUUGUAUCCCAAAUGAACAGCGGGGCAAGUUCUCCAUCAAACACGCCAGGUUCCCUGUCGUCAUUGUCAGUCAGUCUCGUUGCCGUACAGCACCUCAGAAAUGAUGCUGGCUUUUGUGAAAGCUCGAACAACAGUGCAUCAGACGCGUUAGCCCAAGCAUCCACAAUCCAUUAGUGAUUCUCUGUUCGCUAGCUGUCAUUCAUCGCUCCCACGCCGCUCGCAACAUCACUUUAAACGCCGUGUUUACAUCCAUUCACAAAUAGUGGCAAAACUCGCACGGCGCUGCCUCCCAGUGUUAGUGAAGCUGUGUUCACUAGCUGUCAUCUAUCGCUCCCAUGCCGCUCGCAACUUCACUUUAAACGGCAUGUUUACACCGAUGUCCAGCGGUUGGAGUUCCUUCGUCAAGCCUCCCGGAAUGAUGUUAAGCUCCAAGUUCAUUUGGUGCACUUGUGACGCGUGUGAAAAAAACAUCCGGUCUCUUUCCUUCUAGCCCCUUUGAUUGGUACGGCUGGAAACUUCUCUUUAGGCAGCAUUUCCUCUUAAAAAUCACCACAGGUAGUAGUUUGUCCAUUACCAUGGCAACCAAGCACAACAGUAAAAGCCGACUUGUCGUGCCCCGUUGUGUGUGAUGUUGAAAGUGAGCACGUCGUCCAUGUUGGUGAUGUAGUUGGGUAGUAGUUGUCUGCAAUGUUUUUACUGCAGUAGAAGCGGAAGAUGGCCAGCUUUCCUUGUAAUCCGCUGAAUGUUGCUUCGCCACGGUAGUCCUUGCCCGGAUGGAUAGAUGGCGCCAUUUCAUAAAAUAUACAUAUAUAACUACUGGGGCGUGCCUUUAGCGUCCUCAGUCACGUCCACGUACCUUUCCUUUAUACAAGCAGCGUGUCGGCAGGAGACGCUCCCAGUCAGUCGAGCGGAGCGCUCGUAAGUCACACAGCAACACUUACAGAUUUUGGAACUCGGUACACACAUGCGGCGCUCCGCCCAUUUUGGACAAAAUUUAAGACUUUUAAGUGCGCCUUAUGGUCAUGAAAAUACGGUAAGCAUUUUUAAGCAUAAAAAUGGUUGCAUAAAUGUAAGGCAUUCAAAAGACUCAUUCAAAGAUGUGAUAUGUAGUACUCUACAGUGGUCACUAGGUGUCAGUAAUGUUAGGUGAGACACACAAACACCAGGCUUAUUGCAGGUGUGAAUGAUCUCACAACAGGCACAAUAAUCCCUAACACGGGCUACUGUUGUCAGCGAAGCUAAAACGCGACUCUGAACCCCCAAUGUCACUUCCUGGCCGUGCCACACUCAGCUCCGAGCACCGCAACAUAUUUACAGCAACACACACGAGCACGAGUCUUAUGUGUUAAAUGGCUUUUAUAUAUAUAUAUAUAUAUAUAUAU